AUGCAUUGCUCGCAAGCUCCCCCAGUGCCAAAUGUGUCAUGGACUUUCAAGUGCUUGGAAAAUAACCAAAAGUCUAUGCUCGCAGUACAGCCGGGAGGCUGGAUACUAGAAACUCCACCAGCACUGCUACUGACAGCGUUAACGAAAGCCAGGUGGGAACUUAGAGAACACUUGACAGUGAAGAAACUAAUAGUGAUGACAACUCACAUUUUAAGACUAUGGUAUAUGCUUGCGCUCGUAACAUUUCCAAAUACAGCUGAGGAUUUGAAGUUCACAAAGAAUAAUCCAAGCUCCUUCUAUUACGGCACUUUUCCAACUGGUUUUUUAUGAGGUGCUGGAAGUCCUGCAUACCAGACUGAAGGGGCCUGGGACAAGGAUGGGAAAGGAUCAAGUAUCCGGGAUGCUGUUACUCACAAGAAAGGAGUGUUUAGGAAUGAAAUAGCAGAUUCAGCAUGUGAUAGCUAAUACAAAGUUACGGAUGACAUUCAGUUACUGAAGGAGCUGAAAGUAAAUCACGAUCUACUCUCUAUUUCAUGGCCUCGGAUUAUGCCCACUUGCCUCAAAACAGAACAAGUGAAUGAAAAGGGAAUACAGUUCUACAGUGAUAUUAUUAACUGUCUUUUGGAAAACAGUAUUAUCCCUAUUGUGAGUCUCUAUCACUGGGAUCUUCCACAGGUUCUCAAAGAAAAGUAGGGUGGCUGGCAAAAUAUAAGCAUAAUAAAUUAUUUUAAUAAUUAUGCAAACCUUUUUGAGAAGUUUAGUGAUCAUGUGAAACACUGGAUUACUUUUAGUAAUCCUUGGGUAAGUAUGGCUGGAAUUUCCUUAACUAGUGGCUGGGGUGAACCUGUUGAUCCACACAGCCAAACAGAUAUAGAAGCUGCCGAAAGUGUAGAGUUUCAUUUGGGAUGGUUUGCAAAUCCAAUUUACAAACGAGACUAUCCAGAAGUUAUGAAGAAUUACGUAGGUAGGAUGAAUGCCCAGCAGGGCCAAGGCACAUCAAGAUGAUCAACUUUCUUAGUGCAAGAGAAAAACCAUAUCAAAGGCACAUCAGAUUUCCUGGGAAUAGGUCGUUUUAAUUUUCGUUAUGUUACACAGAAGAGCUUUCCCUCUCUACAUGUGUCCAGCUACGACAGUGAUUUGGCAGAACUGGUGGACCCAAAACGGCCAGCUCCAGGAUCUGAAUGGUUACACAUUGCGCCUUGGAGAUUCAGAAGAUUACUCAACUUCAUUAAGACACAGUAUGGGAACCCUCUUAUUUAUGUGACGGAGAAUGGAGUUUCUGAAAAGGUACAGUGUACUCAACUGUGUGAUGAAUGACGGAUAGAAUAUCUGAAAGGAUAUAUUAAUGAAAUACUGAAAGCUAUAAAUGACGAGGUUAAUGCCAAAGGUUAUACAGCCUGGUCUCUGCUGGAUAAAUUUGAAUGGAACAAAGGUUUCUCUGAAAGAUUUGGAUUUUACCACAUUGAUUUUAAAAAUAAGAACAAACCAUGAUACCCAAAGGCAUCUGUUGACUAUUAUAAAAAGAUCAUCAGUGCAAAUGGAUUGCCAAAUCCAAGAGAGGCGGAAACUUGGUAUCAGAAGGCAACGGACACUUGCUCUAUCACAAACCAAUUACUCAUUUCUCAAAUUUUAUAUCCCUUGAUUACUCAUAUACAAAUGCUGACAGAACUUGUGGUUCCCACUGUUUUCACAUUCUGCAUACUUACCAGUGCUGCCGUACUAAUGUUUGCCCUUCAGAAUCAUAGCUAA